AUAAACAAAAAUUGUAUUUGAUAAUUGCAUAAUGAUUUAAAUUAAUGCAAGUUUGGUGCAUCUCAAUUCUGCCAAAUUGAUGAUUCCAUGGAUGCGUAACCGAAUAGCAGAAGCCUGGUAUAAUAGAAAGAGUCCAAGGACUGCCGAAAGGCAGUCCUUGGCUCCUUCUUCAACAAGCACAGGCAAUUCAGAAAAUAACAAAAGCAUGAAUCUGACACCCUUAGGUCAAUUUUUCGUUAAAGUUAUCAGUACGAAUGGUUUUGUAUAUAAUGUGGAGGUAGAUAUGAAUACAAAGAUUCAAACUAUUAAAGAAAUAGCGGUUCGAUAUUUUCACCAAAUGAAUCAACCAAUUACCCUAUAUCGUUUAGUCCAUGCAAAUAAACUUAAACCACUCGCAGAUUGUAAAACAGUUCAGGAAGAAGGAAUUAAUUAUCAAGAUGAAUUAUUAUUAAUGUCAUUCAAUCCUUAUUUUAAGAAACUCUUUUUAUCGGAAGUAAAUAUCAAAAGUCCAAGCGCAAUAGAUGUACAAAAUGCUACUUGUAAUUUACCCAUAAAAAAUCCACCUAAAUAUAUAGCACCUUUUGGUUUCGAUUUUCAUGCUGAAACUCGUAAAAUUAUAUUAACACUUGUAUCUUUAUCGGCUCGAUUAUUAAUGGGUAGUUCAGAAGCAUUAAAUCUAUUUCAAACGAUUAAAAAGAAAUUUCAAAAAUCAUGUUUACCGACAAUUAGUGAGAGAAAUAUUAAAGCGAUAAUUGGUUUUCAAUUUUCUAGGGAACAGGCUGUUGCAGCACUUUAUGUAAAAAAGAAUAUUUUGUCAGAUGCUAUAAAUUGCCUGAUAGAACAUCGAUAUGAACCACCUGAGUUUUUUGAUAUGCCAGUAAUGUUAAAUUUAAUAGCCAAAAAGAAUUCCAAUGAAGAAGAUAUUAAUUCAUCAGAGAUGAUACAAAUUAGCUAUUGGGAUGCAUGCAAAGAUCUUUUUAAUGAUGGAAACGCGAAAUACGUGGAAGAGAAUUUGUUAAACAUUGUAACUGUCUUGAUAGAAUAUUUUCGUUAUACCAGAAAAUUGAAUUUUUGUGUAGACCGUGAAUGGAUAAUAAGAUUUAAGGAAAUGGGUUUUUCAGAAAGAGAUAUAAUAGAAGCAUUAAAAAUAUCUGCAAAUAAUGCAAUUAAUGCGUGUGAAUGGUUACUUGGUAAUCGAGAUUCAAGUUUAAUAUAUAUGGAUGUCGGUCUUAAUCCAAAUGAUUUGAUUUAUCAAGCUAUUUUGAAUGAUCCUCAAGUACAACUCAGUAUUAAUAAUCCAAAAGCUCUUCUCGUAUACUUAAACAUGUUAGAUGUACCUAUGAGAUCAGCCGAAUGGAGCAACGAUCCCGAAAUCUGUCCUGUAUUUAGUCAAAUAUUUAAAACCUAUCAUACCGAAAAACAUGGCCUUGAUUUUAAUCGUUAUGCAAUAGAAUAAUAUUAUUAUUUGCAAAUGAAAAUCUUCGUUAUCUAUAGGACAAACAUAUUUUCAUAUUAAACUUACAAAAAUAGAUCUUAAUGCAAGAUAUAAAUAAAUAUAUAUAUAUAUAUAUGUUGAUUGACAAGAAAUUUGGUAUUUCAAUGCAGUUUGUUAAAAAGAGAUAGAAAACAAAAUCACAUAUUUACUGAAUUAACUAAUAUUCUUAAAGAUCAUAUUAAAAAGAUCUAAUAUAAUCUAAGUCAUUAUUUAAUUAUUAGCUGUUCGACGAAAGUAAUAACUUUA